AUGCGAUUUCGCUUCCAGGCGUCAAACAAUGAGGCCGAGUACGAGGCACUCAUUGCCAGCCUGCACCUAGCAAAGGAAUUGGGGGCUGCCUCUAUUCACGUUCAUAGUGACUCCCAACUCGUGGUUAAUCAAGUCACCAAUGAGUAUCAGGCUCGAGAGCCGCAUCUCACCGCCUAUGUUCAGAAGGUCAAGGAACUCCUCUCUCACUUCCGCUCGCACUCCAUUACCCAAAUCCCGAGCGCUAAGAACACCCGAGCCGACUCACUAGCUCGUCUCGCCUCGGCUAUCGAUACUACGCUCACCAAAGACAUCCCCAUUGAAUAUCUCGCUCAAAUGAGCAUUAACUUACCAGCUUACACCAGCAUGGUCAUCGACGAGGCACCCACCUGGAUGGCCCCGAUCUGGGCCUUCCUCAAACCCGAGUUACGCUAUACUAUUAUCAACCAUAAGUUAUACAAACGGGGUCACUCAUUGCCCCUCAUACUUUGCGUUACUCCCGAGAAGGGCAUUGAGGCUCUCCAGGAAAUCCACGAAGACAUUUGUGGUGACCAUGCCGCAGCCUAG